UUGAACACGUUUUUGCCAGGGCGCCGAACUGCGGCAUCUUCUCACCGACUUGCCGCCGUCACCUCUUGUGACCUUGACAGUCACACCACUGCUUUUACUCGAUCUUGUUCGCCAGUGCCUCCGAUUCCGCUCCCUCCUCUCGCCUAGCAAAGCACACCGUUUGCCACAGCCCUAAACUUGUCCACACUCUGCAGUACUUCACCAAGUUCACUACCUCGCUCCUUUCACGACCAUUGCAUGCCACUCGAUUUUGAACGUCAAUAACAAACCCGAUUUUGCCGCCUUCCACAUCGGACUUGGAGUUGCGUAAUUAAUCCUCUCACCUUCACCGAAUUCCGAAUGCAAAGGACUGUCGUUACCAUCAACAGCAAUGGCCGCCAAUCGGCGAGCUUCAUUCGAGUCGCGUCCGCACUGGGGUGGCAGGUGCGCGCGCAGAUGAGAGACCUCAACGGCGUGGUCGCGCAAGAGAUAUCUGAACUGGACAAUGUCACCGUCUACAUUGGACGGUUGGAAGACCGCAAAUUUCUGGACGAUCUAUUUAGGAGCGCGCAGUACGCGUUUAUUAACACAACGCACUGGGGCGACGAAGUUGCGAUUGGUCGAUCAUUGGCCGACGCCGCGAAAAGGGCCGGAAUUCAACACUACAUCUACUCAAGCAUGCCAGAUCAUUCAGUCUUUGGCCAACCUUGGAGGUCACUACCACUAUGGGCUCCAAAGUUCACCGUCGAGCAGUACGUUCGCCAGAUCGGGCUGCCUGCAACAUUUGUGUACUGCGGCAUUUACCACAAUAACUUUACGGGCCUCGACUUCCCUCUGUUCCGCAUGGAAUGCCAGCAUGACAGCAGUUUCAUCUGGCAGGCACCUUUCCAUCCCGAUAUGCCUCUCCCGUGGCUCGAUUCGGAGCACGACAUUGGACCUGCGAUUUUUCAGCUAUUUAAGGAAGGCCCACGGAAGUGGAACGGCAAGCGACCUAGGGUUCCGCUAGCCUUUGCAUCAAUGACUCCCAAGGAAGUUUGCAAAGCAUUCAGUCGAGGUCUCGGAAGAACCGUCCGCUAUAAGCGGGGUCCGGUGGUGAUCAACGUACCAACACCCAUUGGCUACCGCGAGCAUCUGUCCGCACUGGCGUACACGCUUGGUGAGAAGGGCGCUCCUUACUUCGGACCGGACAUCGAACCCGACUGCCCCAACACAGCUCUGGAGCUGUGGGAAGGCAAUCGAUCCAUGGAGGAGUACGCACGAGAAGUGUUCCCCGUAGAAGAGGCCGCCAAUGGCCUGACAUGGAUGGAAGAGGGAGGACUGCAAGCGCAGUACCAGUACGCCAACGGCAGCAGCAACGGCAUCAGCGGUCUCGCCGACCAGCUCAACCAGGCUCGACUUUGAUAUUCUCCACUCUGGCACCUUUGUACCUUCCAUUUUCGUUGGCGUCAAGCGGCAGCAUUGCAGUGGUGUCCUGGUCAUUUCUUUUAUCUUCCCCGCGGGAGUCUGGAGGCAGUCAACAUGCAG